AUGGGAAACGGAGUGUUCUUUCUGAAGUUCUUCCUGAAGUGUAACCAGAACUGUCUGAAGAAUGCUGGGAAUCCACGAGACAUGAGGAGGUUCCAGGUGGUGGUUUCUACGACCGUCAACGUGGACGGCCACGUUCUGGCUGUCUCAGACAACAUGUUUGUCCACAACAAUUCUAAGCAUGGCCGUCGUGCACGGAGACUGGACCCUUCAGAAGCAGCCACUCCGUGUAUUAAAGCCAUCAGUCCCAGUGAGGGUUGGACAACAGGGGGAGCUACAGUCAUUAUUAUUGGAGACAACUUCUUUGACGGACUCCAAGUGGUGUUCGGCACCAUGCUGGUCUGGAGUGAGUUGAUCACUCCUCAUGCCAUCAGGGUUCAGACUCCGCCUAGACAUAUCCCUGGAGUUGUGGAGGUCACACUUUCAUACAAAUCCAAACAGUUCUGCAAGGGAGCACCUGGACGUUUCGUCUACACAGCACUUAAUGAACCUACAAUAGACUACGGUUUCCAGAGACUACAGAAGGUUAUCCCCAGACACCCUGGAGACCCUGAGAGACUCCCUAAGGAGGUGUUGUUAAAAAGAGCAGCUGACCUUGUGGAGGCCCUCUAUGGGAUGCCUCAUAACAACCAGGAGAUCAUCCUAAAGCGUGCGGCCGACAUUGCUGAAGCUCUCUACAGCGUCCCCAGGAACCACAACCAGAUCCCAUCAUUGGGCAACGCCGCCUCACAUGGAGGCAUGAUGGGAGUCAACUCCUUCAGCAGUCAGCUGGCUGUCAACGUGUCUGAAACUACGCAAGUUGGCUAUAGCCGGAACACAAGUAGUGUGUCACCACGAGGAUACGUACCAAGCACCACCCCCCAGCAGAGUAACUACGGUAACACUGUUAGCAACAGUAUGAACGGCUAUGGCAACACUGGGAUGCCCAACCUGGGUGUGGCGACUUCACCGGGAUUCCUCAAUGGUUCCACUGCAAACUCACCCUACGGCAGUAAGUAUCAAGUCGUACCGUCAAGCCCCACCAUGACCGUGUCCAACUGUAACUCCCAUGGCGUCUUCUCCUUCUCUCCCGCCAACGUCAUCUCCGCCGCCGUCAAACAGAAGAGCGCCUUCGCUCCUGUAGUCAGGCUCAAACUUCCCCCUCCUCCCAACUGCUCUGCUAACAACUCCAACGGGCUGCAAGGAAUGUCGGGUCUUGUUGUUCCUCCGAUGUAA